UCUUAUUUUUGAAAAUAAUUAUCAAUAUAAAAUGAUCGAUUUCAUUUGGAUAUUAGAGUUUAAUUUAUAAUCUAGUUUUAAAAUAAACACAGAGAAUCGAGAGAUAAAGGGUAAAGAACCCUUAUUUCUCUCCGAAUCUGUUGCAUAAGUUUUGAUUUCACGAUAUUCUUAUCAAAAAGAAAAAAACGAGUAUAUCGUAUAAAUUGAUAAUAAAAUUAAAGAGUGUAAAUGGCAGGAAAGGUGGUAGUAUCAGUUCUAUCCGUAAUUUUAGUGGUAGGAGUUGUAAUAGGAGUUGUGGCAGUAGGAAAUAGAGGUAAGGGUGGUCAUGACAAUGGUUCAAAUAAUGACGAGAAACUAUCAUCGUCAAUGAAGACAGUGAAUGUUCUUUGUGAACCUGCUACUUUCAAGGAUGCUUGUAUUAAGACCCUAGGUAGCGUAGCACAAAAUCAAACGGCUACCCCGCAGGAUUUAGUGAAAGCAGGAAUCAAGCUAGCAUUACAAGAGAUUUUUAAAGCUAAUAAUCUAACAGAUACCCUUGUUCCAAAAGCCAAUUCUACUAAGAAACCCGAGCAGGCUAAAAUGGCGAUUGAUAGUUGUAAGAAUAUGUUCGAUCUUGCUGCUGAUCGACUUGAUGGGGCGAUUAAACAAGCCCAAGAUCCUACAAUGUAUAAAGAUCAUGAUCUAGUUUGGAGUCUUCGUGUUUGGCUAAGCGAUGUUAUAACCUUUGCUAAUAGUUGUGGGGAUGAAUUUGGAGAAGCUGAAGCUACUGAUCUUCAAAAGAUAAUGCAAGAUGGUGUUGUAAGUGCUACUGAAAUUACUGUUAGUAUGUUAGAUAUUGUUACUUCAUUUAAUAAAGCUCUUGCUGGAUUAGACCUUUCAAUGAAUGCAUCCAAAUUGGUUGAGAAAUUUAACCCAAAUCGUCGUCUUCUUAGCUUGGUUAAUGUCGAUGAAGAAGGUUAUCCAAGAUGGUUAUCGGGUUCUGAUCGAAGACUGUUAGGAAAUAAAGGUGGAAAAGGUAUUGCUGGGGGUGGAUCUGUCGCAGCACCUCCUGUUGUACGUGGUAUGAAGCCUAAUGCGGUUGUAGCUUUAGAUAAUAGUGGACAAUUUAAGUCCAUUGCGGCUGCUGUGAAUGCACAUCCAGGUAAGGGAUUAGUAGGUCGAUAUGUAAUUUAUGUUAAGGCAGGAAUCUAUAAAGAAGAAGUUAUAAUAGGAAAGCAACAAAAUAACAUUUUCAUGUAUGGAGACGGGCCUUUGAAGACGAUUGUGAUGGGUGAUAAGAGUUUUACAAAGGGUGUACAGACAUCUAAAACCGCACCAGUUCAAGUAGAAGGAUUCGGGUUUUUUUGUAAGGAUAUGGGUUUCCAAAACACAGCCGGACCACAAGGUCAUCAAGCAGUAGCUUUAAGAGUAAAUGGAUUACAAGCUGUAUUUCAAAAUUGUUUCUUUGAUGCUUACCAAGACACAUUAUAUGCACAAGGUGGAUCUCAGUUUUUCCGUGACUGUCAGAUUUCUGGAACUGUUGAUUUUAUCUUCGGAAAUGGUGCAACAUUAAUCCAAAACAGUAAACUAGUUGUAAGACAAGGAAAUCCAGGACAACAAAAUCUUGUGACAGCACAAGGAGGAUUAGCAGCAAACGAAGCGACAGGUUUAGUGAUUCAAGGUUGUGAGAUCCUUUCAGGAAAAGAACUUUUCCCUAACAGGCUAAAGGUUAUGACUUACUUAGGUCGGCCAUGGAAAGUUUAUGCUAAAACAGUGUUUAUGGAAACUGUUAUGGGUGAUUUAAUACAACCUGUUGGAUAUUAUCAAUGGGCAUCGCCAGAAGGGAAGAACAAUCACUUGACCGCUUUCUAUGGCGAGUACUCGAAUCGUGGACCUGGAUCUAACUUUAAUCUCAGGGUUAAAUGGCCUCAUGUAAAGCUUUUAAGUAAGCCUGAAGCACAACGUUACUCAGGUGCUCAGUUUUUAGCUGGUGCUCCAUGGGUCGCAGCUGCUGGUGUACCUAUCAAUCUUAAUGUUGCUUGAAUUCAUCGUAUCAUCAUUUUUAUUCCGAAGUCUAAACUAUGCCCAAUGUAUCCUGCUCAUAAAAAUAUUCUAAUUUCUAACAUAUACAUUAUCGUGAAAUAGGCCAGCUUUUGUUAAUGUU